AUGUCAGCUCCCCAGCGCUCAUGUAUGGGCUAUGUGUGUCCGAUUUGUCCUGGGGGACGUAUGCCGAAGAGUCGUGCAAUUCGGCACGCCAGCACCAAGAAGCAUCGGCGGGCCGUCAAGGCCAGGAAGGCCAGUCCAAUCUUCAGAUCCGGAUCCGACAGCUCGCGACUGUCUCGAUCCCCACCACUCCCGCGCGGCGACGACGAAAUGGACUGGGCGGAUAUCGAAGAGCCCACGUUUGGUGGAGGAAAUGUAGGUCAUCGCUUGCAGCAGCGGACGACUCAAUGCCGCCGAGCGCAGGGUGACUAACCUUUGUGUGCGUCACUCCCAGGUCGCGCAGCCUGCUCCUGCUUCUGGCCCCUCCGGCCACGACGUGCAACAUACUCCCCAACACGAUGAUUUCGAUCUUGAAUUUGGUGGCUCCUCUUUCCCUCUCGUACAUGACCCAAUGCUCGACAAUGACGCCGAAGUUGCUUCAAGUUCCCAACCUGUCCCCCACGUCGAAGUUGACGACGACGACGAGGAUGAAGAGCCGACGGACCGGCUGCGCAAGCGUAGGCGCACCAAGAUCUCCCUGGUUCUCUCGGACAACGAGGGAGGAGAGGACCAGACUUUCCGAGUACGUUACACCGCUGCAGAUACUUCAGCCGGGAAAUCCUACUGAUACCCUAACCAACGCGCAUAUCCCAAUCAGACCAUGCAUUCUAGGCCCCAGCACUCCACGCCUCAUUUCGACGGCCCGAGCAACGUGAGCUGGUGCACAUGUGCCCCCCGCGUUGUGCCCCACUCCGCUGACGGCACUCACAAUAAACACCCACAGCCCCCAAACGCCGCAUCUGGCCAAGAUGGCCUAUCUGUUUCGGCGGCGACGAUCAGCGCUCGGUUGGAUAGUUUGGAAAUGAAGCUUGCCCAACUGAUUGACCUGCUUCCCAGACUGACCGACCUGCUCACCGGUCCAUCUCUGGACGAAAUCAGGGUUAGUGGAGAUUCUUUCGGUCUCGCUCAUAAGAUCCUACUGACCGAUCUGCGUUCAUGACAUGACUGCCAGUCCGAUGUGGGGUCAGCUGCCAAAAUCUUCGUUUCCACUCCGUUCCUCUGCAAGCACCUCGGUGCUGCACCUAUGUUCGCGGUAGGUGGACUACGUUAUCGGUUGUGCUGGGUUGUGCAAUGACUCAGAAUGCCCUACACUACCUGUAGACUGCACUACGCAAGGGCGGGUUGGUAUCAGAAAGCGACGUCAAGCAUCGCGCUUUCUACAAGAGUCUAAUGCGCUACCUUCCAAGUGCGCUCAUGCAAGGCCGAACCGAACUCGAAGAUCAUGUAAGCGGCGUGGUAAACCGUCUGAGCAUCCCUGGGGUUUGUAUUGACAUCAGCCUUGCACGCCGCCGUGCCAUGCCCUUUGACUGCCGGCUCGUGCUCAGAUCAAGCGGGCUCAAAGCAACUCGGAUUUGUUGGGACCGACAAUGAGGUCAUGGUACAGGACCCUGGAUGUCGUUAUCACCGACGAGCAUGUGUGCUGGUGGCGCGUGUUGGUGCGUGUCUUGGAGUGACACACCGCUUUCUCCCUACUUAACUUCAGCUUAGUAACCCCGCCCUUGUGCACGUCUCAGUGGCAAGUCGUCAAGCAACGGGACACCGAAGCCGAUCAUACGGAGGCCGAACCUCACAAGACGGUCAACGUAGCCAAAUCCAAGCCGAACAGCUUCGCGGAAAAAAUGAAUCGCGUUUCAACCAUCCUCGCGGAAGUAGCAACCGAAGCAUACCUUGACGGCGAGUACAAGCUCGGGCAGGAGUUUGAUCAUCAACGGUGAGUGACUCGUUGGUCAAUCAAAAUCAGGUACCUGCAUUCACGAGUUAGAUGAACUGACGCUGCGCCUCCGCUCGACGCUUGCGAUAGUUUUUUGACGGAUCAGUUUGUCCCGGUCAUGCCUCGUCAUGCUGGGAUCAACACUUCGCGACCCGGCAGUCCUCAAGGCUCGAUCCAGAUGGCCUGUUUGGAGGUUGUUGAAAAUCCCGACCACGAGAUCAACUUCGCCUUGUUGGUGGAGGUGAGUCGUCCUCGUCGGACACGCAUCACCCAAAUCGAGACUGACGCGACAUGGCGGUUUGGCAUAGGGUUGUGUCCAAGCUGAAAAAGUGGCCGCUAAGAAGCCGAACUCUAAGAAGAAAAAGAAGAAUGGGGACUAG